GUUACUUCGUUGCAGAAAGUUCAAUAGCUCACCUACGUUGCAUCUUUCAAAACCAUCAAUUCUCCAUUUCUACUUCAAACUUCACAUAUUUCUCUCAUCUUCCAAUUCUUAAACAAUUAUUUUUCGUAAUUCUCCCUCUCAAAUUCCACCACCAAUCCCCAAUUUCUCCACUUUCUCCCUCCUCCAUGUCCAUGUACCUCUUUUCUUCCAACAAUGUGGACUAGAGCAUGCUCCCAAUUUUUCAAAUUAUCUUAUCGCAACAAAAAUCUAGGGUUAGGAUUAGGAUUUUGUACGAGAUGUUAUUCUACUGCAGAAAAAGGGAAGCGAUUUGCUGCUCUUUGGGGAAACGGAGAUUACGGGAGAUUGGGGCUUGGGAGCGUCGAUUCUCAAUGGAGGCCUGUAAUUUGUUCUGCAUUCAAUGGCGAUAGUGUUCGCUCUAUCGCUUGCGGCGGUGCUCACACUCUUUUUCUUACAGAAUCUGGGCGUGUUUAUGCCUCUGGGCUCAAUGAUUUCGGACAGCUUGGGAUUUCGGAUGAUAAGAAUUACGCAAUGGAGCCAGUUGAAGUUUCUGGAAUUGAGAAAGAAAUCAAACAUGUUUCAGCUGGUUAUUGUCACUCAUGUGCAAUUACAGUGGAUGGGGAGCUCUACAUGUGGGGAAAGAACUCUAAUGGUCAGCUUGGGCUUGGGAAGAGUGCACCAAAAGCAGUCUCAACACCAUCAAAAAUUGAAUGCUUGACAGGGAUCAUCAUUGAAAUGGCUGCUUUAGGUUCAGAGCAUUCUAUUGCUGUUACUGAUGAAGGUGCCACCUUGAGCUGGGGUGAGGGUAAUUCUGGAAGACUUGGUCAUGACCGUCAAUCGGGCUUGUUCAAUUUCCUAAGCAGCAGGAGUGAAUAUUCUCCAAGGCUUGUCAAGAGACUUGAAGGAAUCAAGGUCAAUACAGUUGCUGCUGGCUUACUGCAUUCUGCUUGUAUUGAUGAAAAUGGCAACGUCUUUAUUUUUGGUGAGAGAAAAUUACACAAGCUUAACUUUGGAAAAUCUGACGAUGUUACUGGACCAUCAAUGCUCUCGGAACUGCCAAUAUCUGAAGAAGUUACCUGUGGUGGUUAUCACACCUGUGUUAUAACAAGAAAUGGAGACUUGUAUACAUGGGGUUCAAACGAAAAUGGCUGUCUUGGCAUUGGGUGUACAGAUGUCAUUCAUUCCCCAGAGAGAGUUGAAGGUCCUUUUCUAAGGCAGUCAGUCAGUAAGGUUUCUUGUGGGUGGAAACACACAGCUGCCAUUUCAGCAGAUGGCUAUGUUUUCACAUGGGGAUGGGGAGGUUCUCAUGGAACAUUUUCCGUGGAUGGUCAUUCUUCCGGUGGACAGUUGGGCCAUGGAACUGAUGUUGAUUACAUUGAGCCAACUGUCAUUGAUCUUGGCAGCGAUGUGAAGGCAGUAGAAGUAUCCUGUGGAUUCAAUCACACUGGUGCCAUAUUUGAAUACAAGUAAGUUCCAGAAGAAAGUGAUGUUGUAAUGCAGAUAACUUCUUAUUUCUUUUGUUUACAUCUCUGAGUUAAUUUUUUGUAAUAUAAUCAAUAUGAACAUAAAUAAUAAAACCGGCCCAAGAUAACUGUAUUUAGUGAGCAGAUAAAUUCUACUCGUCUAGUAGUUGUACUGCCUGUACCAUAUGCAUGUAUAGUAAUUGUAAACGAAACCACAAUAAGUUCCAAAUUUUCAGAAUAAAACCUUGAAAUAUACAGUUAUACCAUACCAACUUGAAAUUGUGUGAGUGAUCAGAUUUGUUUCGAAUUUUGUUUAAAACCGAUGUAGCAAAAAUUGGAAACGAAUGAUCAAGCUCUCUCAUUCAGUUCUCAAACAAAAGGUACUCUUGGCUUAUAUUGUUGUGGAUUGUACUCUUCUCGCGUGUUUCUGAUCUUUUAGGAGUCACAAUUCAAUCUCGUGUUUAAAGGCAGAUAUGUUUCCCUUUAAACUGAUGAAAUUGUGAUUAUGCUAGUGAUUUUGCUGACCUCUUUGUUAUGAGAAAGUCCAUAAUUUUAUAUUAUAUCAAUGUUGCGGUAGUUCAGCUAUUUGAUUAACAAAAUAAAUUGUGUUUUGUUGGUUACUGAAUGUCCUAUGUAAAAUGUCGUUUGUUUCUUAAUUUUAUGUGAACUGUUUUCA